UCAUGACACAAAAUUCUUCCACAUUUCCAUGACGGGUAUAGUCGUCAAACACACAUAACUGGUUAAGAGUGCGCAUUUAAUGGCGGUAGUGGAAAACUUGUGAAAAAGGAAAACUUGCGUAUAGGUCAAACGACGUUUUGUAGUUUUAGCGUUAAAAUUCUUAUGUAAAUUAUAUUUCUUUCAACUGUAACGUAACACGAAACUUCCGUUCAGUUUAUCUAACAAUGACGCUGCGAGUUCAACGUCGUUCAAGUAUAGAAGCGGAAACUGACGCCUAUCUGGGACCACUGUUGCGUCUGUACAAUUACGCUUGAACUGCAAAAUAGGAAUGCAAUGUUCGCUCGGACACAAGAAUAUCAUAACGGAAGUGCUCGAUUCGUGUCCAGGAUUAUUAGACUCUUCAGAUAAAUCUUUUUGCUGCGUGGACAUUGAAAAUAACCGAAUGUACUGUUGCGAUCAAACAGAGUUCCUGGUGAAAUCAACAUGGCUGCUUCUCACAGUGAUUGCCGUGGUAGUGAUUAUAAUUUCACUCUUAGUGUGUUGCGUAUCAUGUUUGUGCUGUAGUUGCUGUCCAUGGUAUCGUAGACGUCACCGAGGAACAGUUUAUGGAAAAGUACAGGUACCCAGUGUCGUACAUGUAAUUCAAUCACCCGCGAGUGUCCCACAACCGACUCAACCUUAUCCAAGUACUACGAAUGCGACAAGUUCAGCAGGUAUGUCGCAACCGCCACCGUAUUCGGAAGUUGUUUACGAAAAACAAGCACCGUACAAUCCAAGUUACGUUACUUCAAACCAACCGUAACAAUGUUAAAUGAUAUUGAUCGUUUAAGAAAGUUCCAAUACAAUUAUACUGUUGUUCUCUUUUUCCUAACGGUGCCUGCAUUUUUGAGCUUUCAUUAGGAAGUGCGCCCAUUAAAAAUAUACGUCUUCCGUUCGAUGUAUAUUGAAAACACGAAAAUAUAUCUUCAUACAUCAUUUCUUACAUAGUGACGAAAAAGGCACAUUAUGCUCAAAUUUUAACUUUAUUCAAAUUAGAAAAUCGUUUU